GGCUUGUUGUUCCAACCACUGCAGCUUUGGCAACAACACGCUUUCAAACCACCAGAGCACCGCAUUUGUUGUUAUUUUUCCCACCUAGUUUCGCCGCCGGCCGCCGACACCCGUGAGCAGGCAGCCUUUCUCUCCUUCGAACACACACGCCUCUCCCGGCUUUGACACCCACUCACGCUCCUUCUCCCGGAGCCGAGCUCUCGCCGCGUUCCAUGCAAUAGCCACCCCUUGUAGUCGACCGCCGACUGCUGCUGCUACUUCUGCUUCUUUGCCUUCGCAUUUCGAUCGUCUCACGACUAUCCUCCUAUUUUCUCCCCCUCGUUGACUGAACCUUCCUUUCGCCCUUGGCAUUAGACGCCCAGUGCUGGCACUCGACGUGAAUCCGCUCUCUCGCAGUUCAGCCCUCACUCACUAUGACCUCCAGUCUUCCCCCGGAUCCUUGGAAAGUUCUCGGCGUCGACAGAAAUGCAGACAAGGCCGAGAUUCGAACUGCAUACAAAAAGCUCGUCCUCAAGUGUCACCCGGACAAGAUCCAGGACCCGACAUUGAAGACGCUCAAGGCCGACGAGUUUCAGAAGGUUCAGCAGGCAUGGGAGCUGCUCAACGAUGAUGCCGAGAAGGCAAAGUACGAACAGAAGGUGCGGCUCGCGGAACUGCAGCGCGCCGCCAAGGUGCAUCAAGAUGUGAAGAACUCGCCCAACACUUCUGUCCCGCGCACCGCCAAGUAUACCACAUUUGAGGUGCGCACCGCCGAGCCGACUUCGAAAUACAAGAGUUCUCCGUCGGGCGGGAAGGUCUACACGUACACCACAGCGACCCACGCCCGUUCGUACGAAGAGGUUCCAUCGACCCGGAUCUAUGCCGAGUACGAGGAACCCGACAGGAAGGCCCGCAGGGCCGCAAGCUACGAAAAGCCGGCGAAACGCGACGAUGAAAGACGCGAGCGCGACAGGGAGGAGAGGAGACGCAGAAAAGAAGAGGAAGAAUUUGCAAGGCAACGAGAGGAGAAACGGGAACGAGAGCGCGAGAAAGACAGGGAAAGGGAGCGGGAGAGGGAGAGGGAGAGGGAAAGGGAAAGGGAGAGGGAAAGGGAGAGGGAAAGGGAGAGGGAAAGGGAGAGGGAGAGAGAGAGGGAAAGAGAGAGGGAGAGGGAGAAAGAAAGAGAGCGCGAGCGCAAAGUUGAGAAGAAGCGGCUUGAAAGGGAUCGGGAGAAGGAGCGGGAGAAAGCCCGGAAACGGGAUGCUGACGAAAAGGCCCGCUACACCAAGCAGCCUUACGUGGAACACUACGAGUCCUACAUCAGCGGCCUCGAGGACCUCGUUCUCGAUGACGAGAUGUAUGUGAUGUCUGGAUCCAAAUCGGACAAGAAGCGGUCGUCGAGCAAGAAGCAUGACGAGACGCGCGAGCGAGACCGGGAACGCGACCGUGAAAAAUCGAGCUCGCGCCGGGCUAAAUCGCCGCACGUGGCCAGCGACCGCAAACACGCCGACCUCCUCGAGUUUGCGGCGGAAUACCUAGCAAGAACUGGUAGCUCUGCACAAAAGGCGAUGGGUGCAUCACAACAGGCAAUGGCUUGGAUGUCGGAAGACCCUCCGAGUGCCACAUUCGUUGCGCCUACCGUGCCGACGCCACCGCCAGUCGAGUUCGUCGAGGAAGAAAGCAUCCGGCUCUCGGCUCCACGCACGGCCGGCCGUCGUGCCUCGAACGACGCAGCAAGGUCGAGGGAGAAACUAAAGUACGACCUCGAUGACACUCCCUCCAAAGGCCGGCCGAUUCCCACUCUCAGCAAGUCCUACAGCACCCCUCCUCCAGUUCCCGAAUCGCCACCGCGCAUAAGCCGAUCCAAGACGAUGCCGCACGAGUCAUACACGGCUAUGCCGUCUCUGUCACGCACCCAUACCUGGGCGCCCGGCGCCACCUCUACUGCCGACUACUACGACGACGUUGAAUCUGAAGAUGACCGUGAUAGGCGCCGCCGCCGCAGCCGCCGCACGCGUUCGCCUUCGGGCCAGGCAGCACAGCGUUACAAGGUCGACAGCAGCCUGAAGACGUCCAAGAUCGAGACGCAGUACUCGUACGGCGAGUCACCGUCCUCAACACGGCGGUAUAUGACGUCCGAGGUGUAUGAUAGCCAUCUCGGUCACUCCCCAUCCUCCGUGUCGUACUCUAGCACCGGGUUACGAUACAAGCAGGCCAAGGCUAUUGGGCCCGAGGAUGUCAUGUACGCUCAGUACGACCCGCCCGUGUCGUACAGUUACUCAUCGCAUACCGCUGAGGGGUACGGCGUUCAGGCCUGAGCGCCUGGCGAGUAUCCUACGAAGAGGCCAGAAGAAGAUUCUUCUUUGCAGUCUCGGUG